CCCUUCAGAUACUGGAAAGAGAUACUGCACAUGCGCUCAAAGGGAACCAGUAGAUACAUACCAGUUUGUCUUAGCGAACGAAGCUCAUUGUAACAUGACUUCGCCAAGUGAGUUAUGCGAGGAAGAUAACACUGCUUUCAUAGUGAGUUAUUGUCCAAGUUCCGAUGAACGUAAAAAGAGAUCUACAGAAGAUACAGACGAUGUUUCCUUGGACAGUGAAUUAACGUAUGAUCCAAACUACAAUGAGUCUGCCUUUAUACAGGUGGUGGGAUGGAUGAACGGUUGGAACGAAACAGUCGCAAAAGAGUUCUGUUUGAAACAAUUUGCCUUUGAUCCGGCAUUAGAAGCAUGCAACAGAUUGGUGAACAUAAGCACGGACCUAUUUAUCAAUGAAUGUGUCGCUGACAUAAAGCUUUCUGGAGAUACUUCAUUUAUACAAGACACCUUGAACACAGUGAAAGGAGUUUGUCUUACAGAAGCCACAAGGAACGAAGCAUUUUACCUCAACCAAUCAUCUGAAACCAAUGGAUUGUCGAUUUUUGAAUUUAUUUCAUCGUUUUUGUGUCAUCGUAACUGUUCAGGAAAUGGAGCUUGUGUGAACGCCACCUGUUCAUGUUUUGAUGGUUAUAUUGGUUCUGACUGUUCUGGGGAGCUUUCUUCUCCCCCUGAGAAUUUUUUUCUUCCUUCUAAUGGAUUAUGCGAUAAAAGAGUUAGAGAAUGUCGUAAAACUAACAUCAUGGGAUUCUUCCAUGCAGAAAAUGUGACAGCGAAAUUUGCGUACUUCAAGGUUAAAGACAGUGGCAUUCAAAAUUAUGCUUAUACCAUAACUCAGACCUCAACUUACCAUGAUUACAACUUGAUAUCCGUACAAAUACCAGAUGUGCCUAAAACAAAGCGGAGAAAACGAUCCACAGAUUCUGACCAAACUGUUCACGGAUGGAACAUUUCUCUUAGUAAUGAUGGCAUCACAUUCAGUAACCAUGUAACCUUGCUGAUAUUCGAUGGUCUGACGCACAAAUGUGACGUUCAAAUACUUCUUUGCCAUUCUUUUAACGCUAUAUCUUCGAGUUCCACGACAAAGACUGGAACCACGUUACUGGCGAUCACAGUUGGUGCAGUUAUCGGAAUAGUUGUUGUCAUAGUAAUAAUUGUCAGCAUAGCUGUCGUUAAAAUCUCCAAACAAAAAAGAAGUUCUGUUGAUGCCUUUGUCACUAUGCCAAAUAGCCGUCUAGGCCCUGGUCGUCAUGGCAACUUUAGAAACCUUUCCAGAUAUCAGCCUAAUGGAUGCACUCCAAGAAAUAAUCACGGCGUCAAUUCAUUUUCUGAAGAAACCCCAGACAUGGGUGAUCCACCAAAGAUUGAUAUUUUCUUGAUCCGAGACUCACUUGCUAAAUCUAGUAUUCCACCAAUCAAAACUAACAUGUAG